GCGGGCCCUGCAGGGUUAGGUUUCUGGAGCGACCGCUGGGCUUGGGUAGGGAGCCGGGACCGAAAGCUCAGCUCCAGGAUGGCUGCGCCUGGGCCCCGAUGCCCCCCGCCCGGAACCGGAGGAGUGGUUUGACCCGGGGAGCCCCAUGGCACCUGCCCAGCCCCACCUUAGCCCGUCUUGACAAAGUCCUAGGCUCCAUGGAGCCACCACGGGGCCCCCCUGCCAACGGGGCCGAGCCGUCCCGGACAGUGGGCACCGUCAAAGUGUACCUGCCCAACAAGCAACGCACGGUGGUGACUGUCCGGGAUGGCAUGAGUGUCUACGACUCUCUAGACAAGGCCCUCAAGGUGCGGGGACUCAAUCAGGAUUGCUGUGUGGUCUACCGGCUCAUCAAGGGGCGAAAGACAGUCACCGCCUGGGACACAGCCAUUGCCCCACUGGAUGGCGAGGAGCUCAUUGUGGAGGUUCUCGAAGACGUCCCCCUGACCAUGCACAAUUUUGUACGGAAGACGUUCUUCAGCCUGGCCUUUUGUGACUUCUGCCUUAAGUUUCUGUUCCAUGGCUUCCGCUGCCAAACCUGUGGAUACAAGUUCCACCAGCAUUGUUCCUCCAAGGUCCCCACAGUCUGUGUCGACAUGAGUACCAACCGCCGACAGUUCUACCACAGUGUCCAAGAUUUGUCCGGAGGCUCCAGACAGCAUGAGGCUCCCUCGAACCGCCCCCUGAAUGAGCCACUCACCCCUCAGGGUCCCAGCUCCUGCACCCAGCACCGCGACCCCAAGCACUUCCCCUUCCCUGCCCCAGCCAACGCCCCCCUCCAGCGCAUCCGCUCCACAUCCACCCCCAACGUCCACAUGGUCAGCACCACAGCCCCCAUGGACUCCGGCCUCAUCCAGCUCCCUUCCCAGAGUUUCAACACUGACGCUGCCGGGAAUAGAGGUGGUGGCGAUGGAACCCCCCGGGGGAGCCCCAGCCCAGCCAGCGUGUCCUCGGGGAGGAAGUCCCCACAUUCCAAGUCCCCAUCAGAGCAGCGGGAGCGGAAGUCCUUGGCAGAUGACAAGAAGAAAGUGAAGAAUCUGGGGUACCGGGACUCGGGCUAUUACUGGGAGGUGCCACCCAGUGAGGUGCAGCUGCUGAAGAGGAUCGGGACGGGCUCGUUUGGGACCGUGUUUCGUGGGCGGUGGCACGGCGAUGUGGCCGUGAAGGUGCUCAAGGUGGCCCAACCCACAGCUGAGCAGGCCCAGGCCUUCAAGAACGAGAUGCAGGUGCUCAGGAAGACACGUCACGUCAACAUCUUGCUGUUCAUGGGCUUCAUGACCCGGCCGGGAUUUGCUAUCAUCACACAGUGGUGCGAGGGCUCCAGUCUCUACCACCACCUGCACGUGGCCGACACACGCUUCGACAUGGUCCAGCUCAUUGACGUGGCCCGGCAGACUGCCCAGGGCAUGGACUACCUCCAUGCCAAGAACAUCAUCCACCGAGAUCUCAAGUCUAACAGUAUCUUUCUACACGAGGGGCUCACGGUGAAGAUCGGGGACUUCGGCCUGGCAACAGUGAAGACGCGGUGGAGUGGGGCCCAGCCUUUGGAGCAGCCCUCGGGCUCUGUGCUAUGGAUGGCAGCUGAGGUGAUCCGUAUGCAGGACCCAAACCCCUACAGCUUCCAGUCGGAUGUCUACGCCUAUGGGGUUGUGCUCUACGAGCUCAUGACCGGCUCGCUGCCUUACAGCCACAUUGGCAGCCGUGACCAGAUUAUCUUUAUGGUGGGCCGUGGCUAUCUGUCUCCGGACCUCAGCAAAAUCUCCAGCAACUGCCCCAAGGCCAUGAGGCGCCUGCUGUCUGACUGCCUCAAGUUCCAGCGGGAAGAGCGGCCCCUCUUCCCCCAGAUCCUGGCCACGAUUGAGCUGCUGCAGCGGUCACUCCCCAAGAUUGAGCGGAGUGCCUCCGAACCCUCCUUGCACCGUACCCAGGCUGAUGAGUUGCCUGCCUGCCUACUCAACGCAGCCCGCCUUGUGCCUUAGGCCCCACCCCCAGCCACCAGGGAGCCAAUCUCAACCUGCCACGCCAAGGAGCCCUGCCCACCAACCAAUCAAUGUCUGUCUCUGCCCCGUUACUGCCUCAGGAUCCCCCAUCCCUGCCCCGGGAGAUGAGGGUGUGCCCAUGUACUUUUCAAGUUCCUCUGGAAAUGGGGGACCCUCAAAGA